AUGCUCGCAGCCCAUGUGCUCAUGCCAUGCAAUCCCAGUGAAUCUCCCAUUUCCAUUCCCAUUCCCAUGCUCUGUCCAUCUCCUCCCCCCUUGUUUCUUCCAAUUGCCUCUUCAUCCCCUCUCCCCCCCUCCCCCCCUUCCAUCUGGAGGGUGUGUCUUUGUAUUCCUCUUGUGCCUCUUCCCCCCGUGCUGCAUGCAUUGUCUCCCAUCACUCAACCUGCCUACUUCCAACAACAACAACAACAACACCUCAACUCGCCCUUCCAUCCUCACCCACUCUUCCAAGGUUGGACCCCACUUCUUUCCUGGGUACUUGGUACCGAUUCCACUCGUUUCCGCCUCAGCUUACCUCACCUCACCUUCUACCACCCCGAGUUUCCUCCUCUUGCGAUCCUUUGGGGCCGGCACAUCUGCGCAGCCCAGUCCGAUCCAGUUUUCUUGAAUUCCGCCUUCCCACCCAUUUGCGGCGGCGGCGUGGCGCGGAGAGAGACACCGUGCAGCCACGGACCCUCGACUGAACCUGAACGCGACCGGACUCAGGACAGGUCACCCAUCUUAUCGGGUCACCUCUUUUACCGCUUACACAAACUUCGUCGAGACGGUCUAUGCGGAUAUAAUUCGACAACGACGACGAACUCGCAAAUACCGAACCUAAUUACAAUGCGACAGGUGCUCAAGGCCGGCUUGGGGUGCCUCGUCUCCCUGUUGCUUGCCGCACCAGCCGACGCAUUCUACAUUCCAGGCUGGUCGAUCAAGAGCUAUAAGGACGGCGAGCAGGUACCCUUACUCGUGAACAAGGUCUACUCCGACAACACUCAGCUGCAGUAUGCCUACUACGACCUCCCCUUCGUGUGCCCGCCGACGGGCCAGCGCAAGCCCGGCACGGGACUGCUUAGCGGACAAAGCACCCCCCUGAACCUCGGCGAGGUCCUCCGCGGCGACAGGAUCAAGACAUCCGACAUUGACCUGGUCGUCGGACAGGACAAGCCGUGCAACUUGCUGUGCAACCGCGAGAUGAGCCGCAAGGACAUGCGCCGCGCAAAGGACAUGGUACACGAUGGCUACGUCACCGAAUGGAUCGUCGAUAACCUCCCCGGUGCCACGAGCUUCGUAACCGUCGACAAGAGCCGCAAGUACUACGCCGCCGGCUUCAAGCUCGGCUUCACGGAUUACUCGGCCAGCAGCGGGAAGCCGCGCUACUUCCUCAACAACCACCACACCAUUGUCAUCCGUUGGCGCAAAGCCCCCGGGAAGGCGGGCGAGCGCGGCGGUAAAGUCGUCGUCGGCUUCGAGGUGUACCCCAAGAGCAUCGGACCCAAUAACAAGCGCGACGAGAGUGGGUGCCCCGCGGAUUUGCAGAAUAUUGACCAGAAUUUCGAGCUCUACCUCGCCCCGAAUAAGUCCUCCGAGACGCCAAAGCAGCAGCAGAACCUCGAUUCCUCCUCAUACCACCCCGCUACCGACGAUGACGAAGACCUCGCCGACGACGGCGCCAAGUUGACCGUGCCCUAUACCUAUUCCGUCUACUUCCGCGAGGACAACAACGUCGAGUGGUCACGCCGCUGGGAUCUGUACUUUGUCAAUCAGGAGGAGGGCCAAAAGAUUCACUGGCUGGCCAUUGUCAACUCGCUCAUUAUCUGCGGUCUGCUCACGGGCAUUGUCCUGAUGAUUCUCGCGAGAACGAUCCGCUCCGAUAUCAAGGGCUACAAGGAGGUGCCCCUCGAGGACGGCAAGCCAAAGCUGAAGCGCAAGAAGACGGCCGGCAACAAAUCGCCCCGACUUUCUGAGAAGACCGGCGGACUGCUCGAUCAGGGAGCCGGAAUUGACGCCGAAAACGACGCCGACGUGUCGUCUGACGAAGAGGCACUCGAGGACGUCACGGGCUGGAAGCUGCUGCACGCCGACGUCUUCCGGACGCCCCGUCACGGCUACCUGCUGGCCCCGCUCGUCGGAUCCGGCAUGCAGCUGCUCUUCAUGGCGGUUGGUCUCGUUCUGCUAAGCGCCCUCGGCGUCCUUAACCCUAGCUUCCGCGGCGGCUUCAUCAGUGUCGGCGUCGGCCUCUUCGUCUUCGCUGGCCUCUUCUCGGGCUACUUCUCAGCGCGCGUCUACAAGACGUUCGACGGCCAGGACUUCCGCAAGAACGCGCUCGUCACCGCCGUCCUCUUCCCCGGCCUCCUCUUUGGCAUCAUCUUUAUCCUUAACCUAUUCGUCUGGGCACAGGCUUCAAGCACGGCAAUCCCCUUUGGCACUCUCGUCGCCAUCAUCUUCCUCUGGCUCUGCAUCCAGGUGCCCCUCGUCUACGCCGGCUCCUGGUUCGGCUUCGUCCGCAGCGCCAAAUGGGAGCACCCGACCAAGACGAGCGUCGCGCCGCGCCAGGUGCCCCGGCAGGCGUGGUACAUCAAGUCGUGGCAGUCUGUCCUGCUCGCGGGGCUGAUUCCCUUUGCGGUCAUUUUUAUUGAGCUGCUGUUCGUGUUCCAGUCCGUCUGGCAGGACAAGAGCGGCUACUACUACGUGUUUGGGUUCCUGGCCGUGGUGUCGGUGAUUCUGAUUGUGACGAUUGCCGAGGUGACGGUCGUGACAAUUUACGUUCGGCUGUGCGCCGAGAACUACAAAUGGUGGUGGCAGUCGUUCGCCGUCGGCGGUGGGAGCGCCGUGUGGGUGUUCUUGUACUGCGUAUGGUACUACUUUUUCAAGUUGCACAUUACCGGCUUCGUGAGCAGUAUGCUCUUCUUCAGCUACAGCUUCAUGGCGUGUUGUGUAUACGGUCUCCUGACGGGGACGGUGGGGUUCCUGAGCGCGUACGCGUUUGUUCGGAGGAUUUAUGGAGCAAUCAAGGCAGACUAA